AAAGCCCUGCCGAGCCCGGCGCGCACCUAGCCCAGCCACUGCCCCUCACGGCCCCGGCACCGCGGUCACUGAGCAGGGCGGACAGCGCUGUAGGCGUAACCACUUGGGGCUUGGGGCUUCUGAUCCGGGAGCCGGGUGCUGGGUUGAGUGCUAGGCCGACGUCUCCUCUGCCGGGUGGAGAACCCGCCCGCCGGCGAGGAGCGGUCGCGGCCAGGGGCUUCCGCCGACUGGGAGGCCCGAGGCCGGGCCGGAGGGACUCGGAACCUGGAGACGACCAGGCGCGACCCCCCAGAGGACUACAGGCGCGGCUUUUCUGGCCGCCGCCCGGUUCCCGCGGGCGACUCCACUCGGCACGCGCGGCAGGGAGCCUCGGCGGUCAGGCGCAAAGCCGCGGGCUCGUGGGACGGCUACCCCUCCGCAAAACCGCCAAUGGGCGGGCCCGGGCCGCCGAUCGCCCGCCGCGGCUUCCGGUUCCGAUGACAGUGGCGCCGGAAGCCGGGGCCGGGGCUGCGGGGCGAGUUGUUGGCCCUGGGCCGGGAGCUGGAGUCCCAGACUCAUAGGUCCCGGCCCAGCCCCCGAAGAGCCGCCUCAGCCGGGGGGAGUUGCUCGGACUCAAACGUCCAGUCCUCGUGCGACCGCGCUGGGUCGGAAGUGAGCAGGAUGGAGUGCAAUGGCGUGGUCCUGGCUCACUGCAACCUCCACCUCCUAGGUUCAAGCGAUUGUCCUGCCUCAGCCUCCUGAGUAGCUGGGAUUACAGGUGCCCGCCACCAUGCCUCGGCUGAGGCCACCAUGGAGCAGUGUGCGUGCGUGGAGAGAGAGCUGGACAAGGUCCUGCAGAAGUUCCUGACCUACGGGCAGCACUGUGAGCAGAGCCUGGAGGAGCUGCUGCACUACGUGGGCCAGCUGCGGGCUGAGCUGGCCAGCGCAGCCCUCCAGGGGACCCCUCUCUCAGCCACCCUCUCUCUGGUGAUGUCACAGUGCUGCCGGAAGAUCAAAGAUACGGUGCAGAAACUGGCUUCGGACCAUAAGGACAUUCACAGCAGUGUAUCCCGAGUGGGCAAAGCCAUUGACAGGAACUUCGACUCUGAGAUCUGUGGUGUUGUGUCAGAUGCGGUGUGGGACGCGCGGGAACAGCAGCAGCAGAUCCUGCAGAUGGCCAUCGUGGAACACCUGUACCAGCAGGGCAUGCUCAGCGUGGCCGAGGAGCUGUGCCAGGAAUCAACGCUGAAUGUGGACUUGGAUUUCAAGCAGCCUUUCCUAGAGUUGAAUCGAAUCCUGGAAGCCCUGCACGAACAAGACCUGGGUCCUGCGUUGGAAUGGGCCGUCUCCCACAGGCAGCGCCUGCUGGAACUCAACAGCUCCCUGGAGUUCAAGCUGCACCGACUGCACUUCAUCCGCCUCCUGGCAGGAGGCCCCGCGAAGCAGCUGGAGGCCCUCAGCUAUGCUCGGCACUUCCAGCCCUUUGCUCGGCUGCACCAGCGGGAGAUCCAGGUGAUGAUGGGCAGCCUGGUGUACCUGCGGCUGGGCUUGGAGAAGUCACCCUACUGCCACCUGCUGGACAGCAGCCACUGGGCAGAGAUCUGUGAGACCUUUACCCGGGACGCCUGUUCCCUGCUGGGGCUUUCUGUGGAGUCUCCCCUUAGCGUCAGCUUUGCCUCUGGCUGUGUGGCGCUGCCUGUGUUGAUGAACAUCAAGGCUGUGAUUGAGCAGAGGCAGUGCACUGGGGUCUGGAAUCACAAGGACGAGUUACCGAUUGAGAUUGAACUAGGCAUGAAGUGCUGGUACCACUCCGUGUUCGCUUGCCCCAUCCUCCGCCAGCAGACGUCAGAUUCCAACCCUCCCAUCAAGCUCAUCUGCGGCCAUGUUAUCUCCCGAGAUGCACUCAAUAAGCUCAUUAAUGGAGGAAAGCUGAAGUGUCCCUACUGUCCCAUGGAGCAGAACCCGGCAGAUGGGAAACGCAUCAUAUUCUGAUUCCUACCUGGAAGGAAUUUUGUUGAAAGGGGUUUUCACCUGUGAGCCUUGGUCUGUCUCGGUAGGGUGGUCAACUUCAGUGGACUGUGGUUGGUUUCAGAGCGCCUGGCUGAGGAGUUCCACUGAGGGGAGCGCUGGAGCAGCCCUUUGGUAGAGGCUGAGGAGGGAGAUGGACCAGCCCACGCCUGGCAGCUGGCUCCAUGGCAUAAGGAAAGGGAGAUGCUGGCCUCUGUGCUCCUGCUGUCUCUUCCUGUUUCUGUUUGCGUUUGACUUAGUAGCAACCGACAGAGUGGUAAGGGAUUUGGUCUUCAGCAGUAGACAUCCUUCCACCCCUGCCCUCAGCCAAGUCUCUUGCUGCCACGCCAAUGCUAUGUCCACCCUUGCCCCUCGGCCCAAGGGUGUCCAGCGGUGGCCCACCUCUUCCUCCCACUACAGCCUCAACAGUAUCUACCAUCUCCCACUGUAAAUAGUCCCAGUUAGAACGGAAUGCCAUUGUUUUAUAACUUUGAACAAA